CAUGAACACAUUGUCACCUAGUCAGCAAGAACCUCCCAAAGUCGUCAUAACGCGAUCUAUACUUGCCGCGCUUCAACGUUGCGCGAUACACCUCCUUCCCAUUGCCGUGUCAUCUACAGUUAUUGGACUGAACAUCAAGGGCACAUAUCUAGGAGCGGACAUGAUGUCUCCAUUCCCAUCCGAGACUAUAAACCUGGCACUCUUCCAGUUGGCUGCCAAAGCUCAUGAGAUAAUGAUCGUUGCAAGCUUGAGUGUAACUGUUCUACUCUGUGUCCGCCAUGAAUUGCUCUUCGGCCGUGGCCUUCCCUUGGGUCUCUUGGGAUCAGGGCUUGCGUUCAACAACUUCGGAUAUUUUUUCUCCAGAAAAUUUUGUGGUGGUUUAAGAUAUGUGGCUAUUCACGGCGAGAGAUCACGCAAGGCUGCACUGAUAAGUCUUGUGGUCGUGGCAGGCCUGCUAGCUACUCUUGCUGGGCCAGCGAGUGCUGUUCUCCUUGUUCCAAAAUCACAACCCUGGAACCCCGGAGAUACUGAGUUCUUCUUGAACGGAUCAGAGAGCGAUUAUUGGCCUGCUGACUUGUCGAAAGAGAUCCCAGACCUCGAACAACUCUGCAGUGAGCAAAACUCGACUCUUCUGGGAUUCUGCCCGGCGGGUGGAUUUCUCUCGUUGUGGACUCACUGGGUGACGAUGAACAGCACCACUUUCCAAACCCAGAAUGUCCGCUCCUAUGCAAAGGAACUUUCCGGGUCUCGGUUUUACUGGCCAGUCUCCAGUCCCUUGUCUCUAAUCCCACCUCUAUAUUCACUGGGGGACAUUCAGCAAGAGCCAAAUAGAAGAAUAUCGCUGAUACAGCCGCACGCAGCAACCGUGGUGAUGCUACAGCGGCUUGCGGAAGAUUGGUGGCGGGCCUUCAGUGUACAGAAAGGUCUUUCGCAGAGUCAAAUUGAUGAUCGUACUGCUUCGGUUACCUUCAAACAUGCUAUCACUGUCGCCCGUUACACCACAGUGUAUUUUCCUUCAAUACAUGGUCGGUUUGACUUUGCCGAUAGCCUACCACUCGACGUGGAUAGUCUUAAUUCCACUCCGAAUGGCCACCUGUCAUUUCAAUGGGUUCAUCUUCCGCCCAGAUUUGGUGCUGCUAGCAUUGGGGGACUAUUCCAGACCCCCUGGAAAGCCACUAAGGGGGGUAGCGUCUCUAGAAUAGCAAUCGGUUGUACAGUACAGGCUGGGUGGUUUCCUGCAACGUAUCCGUGGAAUAUCCAGUAUGACGAUCGUUCUCCCGCAUGGAAUCCGACUUCUUACAGCGCAAUCAAUGGCCGAGUUGCAUUCGGUGAUGAGUGGCUCAAGUUAUUGACUCCUCCAAGCCCCCUUACAGUAACUGAUACUGCCAGCACUUGGCGACUAUCGACCAUCGAAAGCAUCUUUUCAAUUGCAGGCUUGGCAACUGAUGCAAAGGCCGAUGAGAUAACUCUCGAUGGUUGGCUUGUCAACGAUAUUUCCAGCUGGCAGAGCGUCUCUCUAGUAGAGGCCAUUGUCUGCAGUGUCAUUCUAGAUGGCAUCAGCCGAACGAGAAGCCAUCAAGUGUUCAUCGAAGACAGAGUGGCGAUUCAACCUUCGACUACCACCGCCUCCACCCCCAGCGAAUCAGUGACGAUCACAGCAGAAUUCAAGAUAAGCGGCUUUUCACUUCAGGGCUCUCUUUCUGGUACUCUCGCCAUGUCAGUCCUCAUUGCUCACCUGGCGAUUGCUAUUGGUCACAUCAUCUACCUCAUCCUUAAAAGACACACGCCGGGUAGCUGUAGUUCAGUCGGUGAGCUCAUUGCUCUGGCGCAAAAUUCACCGCCAGCGUCUGAAGUUCUAACAAAUACUGGAGGAGAAAUAAAGAGCUCGAAGACCUACGCUCACCUAGCAAGGAUUCGUGUGGCGAAGGCUUCUGACUCCUGUGGACAAGACCGCAUUGAACUAGUCUUCAAAGCGCACACGCCCUCUGCUGAACUCCGCGGCGAUUCUUCUGGGACUGAGUAA